AUGCCGCCAAAACGCACCGCCAGCGGGCCCGCGCCGCCCGUCGUGGCCACAGCGGGCAGCAGCAGCACUGCGCGCGAGGCCGCCGCCUCGUCGCCGCUCGUGACGCUGCAGCGCUCGUACCUGGCACACACGCCCGCACGCCUGCGCCUCCUCGACGCCUUCAUGGCGUUCCUCGUGCUCUCGGGCGUGCUGCAGUUUGUGUACUGCAUCGCCAUCAGCAACUUCCCGCUCAACUCCUUCAUCGCCGGCUUCGCCUCGACGGUCGGGCAGUUCGUGCUCUGCGCCAGCCUGCGCAUCCAGGCCAACGAGGCAAAUGCCGCCGAGUUCCCCAAGAACUCGCCCGAGCGCGCCUUUGGCGACUUCCUCUUUGCCUCCGUCGUGCUGCACUUCUUCGUCGUCAACUUCCUGGGCUAG